AUGAAUUUGAUCAAGAAAUUCAUGGAUCAAGGAAAUAAAUCUGACUUAAUGACAUUACCAUCAGGGGAAUUUGAUCUAUUAAGAUCGAAAAGAUCACCAAGAUCAUCCCUAGAAUGUAUUUACAGUGAUGCAUCUCUAUCAAUUAGGGAUGCCGGGAAAUAUCGUUACGAAUUAAUUGUUAAGAAGGUUUCUGAAGAUGGUGAUACUAUUUUAGGUGAAGAUGAUGAAGAUUUUUCAGAUGAUACAAGAAGUGUCUUAUCUGUUCAAUCUAAGAAGAAAGAAGAAGAAUGGGCAUUCGCCUUUUCCAAGGAUCUUGGUUUUUUGAAAACGUGGACAAAAAAUGGUGAUGUUGCAUUUGUUUGGAAAAAUUUAAAUGGAGAUGAACCAGGUGAAAAAGUUCAAUUUGUUUUAUCUCAUGAAGUACAACAUCACGAUAUUGAAAGAUUUUUAGAUGCAAUUUAUUGUUGUUACUACGAAACUACAUAUCAUCGACCUUCUUUAAGUGCAUCACCUGAAGCAAUGAAAGAAAUCGAACUAAUUUGUAAUACAGCUGGUAUUGUCUCUGAGGAUUAUGAUAAUAGUGGUGAUAGGGAAAAUAUUACUUCAAUUGAUAGAGAUAAUGAUUCAGAUAAUGAAGAAUUUCAAGAUGCAAACGAUUCAGUAAGAGCAAUUCAUAAUACUAGAAUGAAUAAAUCCAUAAAACCAAAGAGAGCGCCAUCACCUCCUCAGAAUGCGCCAAGUGGGAAGCAAUUGUUGUUGUUGAAUGCAGAUCUUUAUUUGUUUGACCCAAUGGCAGAAAAGUUUUUGAAGCAGGAAUCCCUAUUGAAAAUUAGUAUUAUUGAUGUAGGCUCCUAUAACUACUGGUUAUCAAUUGAAGGUAAAGACAAUAGAUUAGGUACUGACAUUUCUUCAAAUAUUAAUCCUACAUUUAACUCGUCUAAGAAAUCAUUUGUCUUUAAUUAUACUUUCGAAAAUAUCACUUUAUCUUAUAUGUUAGGAUUUGUUGAUGUUAAGGACUUUAAAAAAUUCCGUGCAACUUGGACUGAAACAGUUUGGAUGUCAUUAAAUAGAGAUGAUUGGAAUAAACUACCAGCGGUAGAAAAAGAAUAUAUUAAUGAUCCAGCUGAAGCUCUUACUCAACAAUUGGAUGAGAUAUUACAUAUUGAUGGAAAUAAAGAAAGAAAUUUGGAGUCUGCUAUUGAUAGUUCUAGUUCUGAAGAUGAGGAUGACGACGAUAGUGAAUAUUCAUCAACAAUUUUAUCUUCUACAAGUUUUGGUGAUUCAAAUAGAUCUGCUUUAAGUGGAAAGAAUUCUAAAGCCGGGAAUCAAUCUCUUACGGUUUCUUCUAAAAAUAAUAGAUCCUACGUUAUUAGAGAAAAUAAAAUUGGUGUGUUCAAAACUGGUGAUGAUUUGGAAUUUGUCACAACAAUUAAAGAUGUUUCUGACUUGAAAGGAGAUUCAUUUACCCCAUUAACGCCUAUGAUGUAUAUGGAAGAUUCUUCAAUGAUUAUAUCAGAUUCUUCGAACAGGAAUAAAUUAUAUAAGAUGGAUUUGAAUAGAGGUUCUAUUGUUGAAGAAUGGGGUACAGGAGAUAAGGAUGUCGUUCAAUAUGGUCCAACAAAGAAAUUUGAUCAAUUAACUGCAGAACAAACAUUUGUUGGUGUUUCCCCUAAUGGUAUGUUUAAGGUUGAUCCAAGAAUAAAUAGUGAAAAUAAGAUUGUUGUUGAUCAAUCCAAGGAAUACAAGACGAAAUGUAAUUUUAGUUCGAUUAGUACAACAGAGAACGGGUACAUUGCAGUUGGUUCUGAGAAAGGUGAUAUUAAAUUGUAUGAUCGUUUAGGUAUUCGUGCAAAGACAGCUAUUCCAUCAUUAGGAGAAGCAAUUAGAUAUAUAUGUUCUUCUUCAGAUGGUAGAUGGUUGUUAGCAACAUGUGACAACAUGUUAAUGCUUAUGGAUCUUACUGUGAAGACAGGAAAGAACCAAGGCUCCGUAGCUUUCCUUAAAUCGUUCCCAGCUGCUGAGAAUGCAAAGACUUAUAUUUUAAAAAUAAGUCCCGAACAUGCAAGUUAUAUGAUGACAUAUAUGAAAAAACCAAUUGUUUUCACAAAAGCUUAUUUUAAUACUGGUAUUGGUAAGACUGAAGAUUCUAUUUUAACAUCGACAGGUCCAUUUGCUAUCACAUGGUCUAUUAAAAGUAUAACACAAAACGCUGAUAAACCUUACUCUGUUAAGAGAUACGAAUCUGAUGUUGUUGAAGAUAAUUUCGAAUUUGGUUCUAAUAAGAAAGUUAUUGUUGCCUUGAAAGACGAUGUUUCCAUGGCAAAAAUUAGAUCAUUCAAGAAACCAAAUAAAAAUAUAUUAAUUCCGAAAGAAACUAUAAAUGAAUUUUAUCAAUGA